UGCGCUUCUCCCGAGCAGCCAGAGCAUCCGUGGACUUUUAGUUUCGUGGCUGCUGAAACCAAACGGCCCGCGCGUCGCAGAAUCGCCACUUGGCACAGAGAUUGACAGGCUGGGAGCCUUUUACGCACGCAUGUGUGUUGUUUCCAUUCCGAGCUGAAAUCAAAGUUUGGAAUUACUGCCAUUUUUCCCCCAAGUGAGUGCGCCCUCGCUGACUGCAUGAGAGAGCUGCGGACUUCUUGAGCUCUUUGAAGAGACCGUGUUUGCCAUUGAAUAUGACCGCCGAGGCGCAUUCACAUCUGGGACUGCAGAAACCCCCCAUGGAUUUCGUCAGUGACUUCGACUUAAUGAAGUUCGGUAUCAAGAAGGAGGCGAUGCAGGGGGUAGACCGCUCCUUCAUCGGGCCGUGCACCCAGCUCCAGAGACCAGACUCUGUCUCCUCCACCCCUGGCAGCACCCCCUGCAACUCGGUACCCGCAUCACCAAACCUCAAUCUAAACGAGCAGAGAAACAACCCCGGGAGCGAGCAGUUCUGGAUACCCAGCAACGGGGGUUACCCUCAGCAGAUGUACCCACAAUCCUUUGGCCUUACAGCCGAGGACGCGGUGGAGGCCCUCAUCGGCGCCACGGCGCAGCAGGGACACCCGUCGGCGUCCCACAGCCACCAUCCUGCACCUUUCCAAGGCGAAUACGAAGGGUACGGCCAGCUGAACGAGCCUGUCCAGCACUACCCGGGCUUGACGGGUCACCCCGACAUGCACGGCAUGCCCAGCAGCCACUGCCAAGACCCCUACAUCAAAGAUGACCUGGAGUGCGAGUCGCCCGAGUCGCCCGAUGACCAGCAGGUCUUCGAUGCGCACCACCAUCUCCAGCAGCAGCACAGCCGCCACGACCGGCGAUCCAGCGCCGACUCGCACUUCUCGGACGACCAGCUCGUGUCCAUGUCCGUCAGGGAGCUCAACCGGCUCCUCAGGGGCCUCGGCAAGGACGAGGUGAUGCGUCUGAAGCAGAAGCGCCGGACGCUGAAAAACCGUGGUUACGCACAGUCCUGCCGCUACAAGCGCGUCCAGCAGAAGCACGUCUUGGAGCACGAAAAGACCAGCCUGGUGUCACAGGUCGAGCAGCUCAAGCACGAACUCAACAGACUGAUGCGGGAGCGGGAUGCCUACAAACAGAAAUGUGAGAAACUGUCUGGUGCUAACUGCUACCACGAAACUGGGUCCACCAGUGACAACCCUUCCUCGCCCGAGUAUUUAAUGUGAGUUUGUCCAUCUCCUGCAGAACUGAGUCUUUUCCACCGGGAGGCAUUUUUUUGUUUUUGUUUGUUGAGGGCAUCGCCUGGCUCCUUAUAGCAAACAACUCUGUGGAUGCAUCAAGUUUUGAUUAACUAAAGGAUAUCACUGAAAUAAUUGUAGCCUACUAGAUUACAACAGGGCAACAAGUUAUGAAUGGAAAUGAUGAAGCAUGCAUGCAGGACAUGUAUGAGAUGUUUUUAUUUUUAUUUUACAGGCAUAUCUGCAUUUUGUCUGAGAGAAGAUACUUGAAAUCAGAGAAUAUUCCCUUUUAUUGAUAUACAGCUUUAAUCCUUCUGCUUCAGUUACUGCUGAAUUUUUGUUUUGGUGAUUUUGCUUUGCUUGGUGUUUUUUUUGAAGCUCAAAUUAUAUUUUGUGUUCAGCUUCCCUAAAAUAGAAAACAUUAGAAAAAACAACAACAACUCAAACGAUUGAUGCUAGAAAUGACGUUCAUAUUGUUUUUUAUGAAACUGAUUCUGCUGGACAGAUGUGUUCCUUGUUCACAUUUUCUUUUAAAUAUAAUAUACAAUUAUGCUAAUCAUUUUUCAUCUACUGUUUUUCAUUUACUAUGGAUCAAUAAACCUAUUGUGACUUUUUAAAA